CCUGAAUAUCAUCAGCCUUUGAACAUGGAAGCAAAAAGUACCAUUCACACCAGGGAGAAACCCUGGAAAUGUGGGGACUGUGGGAAGGGAUUCAGAUCCCCUUCUGAGCUGGAAACUCAUCGACGCAAUCACACCGGGGAAAGGCCGUUCGUCUGCUCCGUGUGUGGGAAGGGAUUCAUUCAGUUAGUCUGUCUUCAGAGGCACCAGCGACUUCACACUAGGGAGAGGCCGUUCACCUGUUCUGUGUGUGGAAAAGGAUUCACUCUCUCAUCCCACCUGCUGAAACACCAGCAAGUUCACACUGACAAGAGAGAGUUUAAAUGUCCCAAAUGUGAAAAGAGCUUCAAAAACCUACACGGACUGAGGGUGCACCAGCACAUUCACACCAGGUAUGCACCAUUCAGCUGCUCACAAUGUGGGAAGAGGUUCAGGACAUCACCCCACCUUCUGACACACCAACGAGUUCACACUGAUGAGAGACCUUUUAAAUGUUCAGAAUGUGGGAAGUGCUUCAAAACUCCUGGGGAUCUACAAUAUCAUCAACGUAUUCACACUGAUGAGAGACCGUUCAGGUGCUCUCACUGCGGGACUGGCUUCAGGCAAUCAUCUCACCUCACUACACACCAGCGCACUCACACUGGGGAGAGGCCAUUCACCUGCUCCAAGUGUGGGAAGGGAUUCAGUCAGUCGUCCAACCUGUUGACACACCAACAAGUUCACACUGAGGAGAGGCCAUUCACCUGCUCUGAAUGUGGAAAGGGAUUCACACGAUCAUCCCACCUGCUGAGCCACCAGCGCAUUCACACUGGGGAGAGGCCGUUUACCUGCUCCAAGUGCGGGAAGGGAUUCACACAAUCAUCAGCGCUGCUGACGCACCAGCGAGUUCACACCGGGGAGAGACCCUUCACCUGCUCCAUGUGUGGGAAGGGAUUUAAUCGAUCAUCCAACCUGGGGAAACACCAGCGAGUUCACAUGUGACUGCACUGCUCUGAUUCUGCUGCUGUUAAUCAGAUUCAGGAGUGAACCUCGUUAAUUAUGAUAUUGGGGAAGUGUUGAUGUUGUU